AUGGAUAAACUUGAUAAAAUUAUAGCAUAAUUAGACGAAUUGGAGAUUAGUUAAAAACAUAGGGAAGAAUUGCUUAAACGAAAUCAAGCCACUUUUCUUCUAAAAUUACCAAAAGUACUCAAUCAGAUUUUUUAUUCAGGUCAUUUUAAUCCAGAGAGUGUGUGGAUUCUUAGAUGACAAUGAUCUAUAUAGAUUUACAGCAACUUGUUCUACUCUCAGAAAAGUAAUGUUUUGUCCUUUGGGAUUCAAAUUAUUAAUGUUGAGUAGAAAUGCUAAUCAUCUUGUUGCUGGACCAUAACAUGAAGAGAUAGAAAUAAAGCAUGAAAAAAUUGAUAUUGUAGCAGGUGAAAAUUUAUCAAACAAUAAUAACAUGUUUGAGACAGAGGAGGAUGCUCUAGCUCAAUUAGAGGUUUUGAAGGCCGUGAAGGAUUUCUUAUAGAGCAAAUUGUAGGAAUCAUAAGAUACCAUUAAAAAAUUAGAGGAAAUGUUGGAGGAUGCCUAGGCUACUCUCAAAUAUGAAAAGUCAGUCAAUCUAAAACUGCAAUCCAAGAUUAACAUUUUGCAAAAUCAAUUGUCCACUUCUGAACUUCAGAGGUAGGAUGUCAAAGAGAAUUUGGCUGAGUUGAAUUCAAAAUAUAACAAAUUAGUAAGACAUGUUAAAAAUGCUCAUAGAUAAUCUAAAUGGAAGAAGAAAGAGUCAUACUUUUGGAGGAUAAGGAGAAGCUUCUUGGACAUAAGAAAGUCUUGAUUGAAGAAGUCUAUAGGUUGAGAGGAUUGGUAUCUUAAAUGGAAGGAAAUCAAAAUAAUUAUAAAGAAGCCUUGAGACAAAUGAAAACCUUCAUGGAAUGUGUUGAAGUUAAAUCUAUUUGA